UCUCGGCCCCAUCAUUUCUUUCCCUUUGCCAGAGCGCGCGGCUGCGGCCCGCGCCGUGCCCACCUACGUACUGCGCGGCAAGCGUUCCAAGGCCUCCCAUGCCCACGCGGCCACGCCGGCACGCCAUUCUCCACACUGGACCUUCCACUGAGCUAUGCUCCUCCUCACAAGGCUGGCCAAACCCGGAUGCUGCUCGCCGACGACCUCCCCGCGUGUCGCCCAUGCCGCUCUCGGCUGGAGCCGGUUCUUCCACACCGGCGACGGGGACGCGCACAAUGUGUUCGGUGCGAUGCCUACACCGGACCACAGGCAGUGCAGUGCGCUGCUCAGGGCGCGCACCGCGAGCGGGGAUCACUACGGGUCCGUCUGCCUCGUCCGCGGGAUGCUUGGGCGGGGCCUCCGGCCCGACAGGCUCGCGGUCGCCGCGGCGAUCAAGUCGGCGUCGGCGCUCCCCGACGGCGGCGCCCUGGGGAGGUGCCUCCACGGGUUUGUUGUCAGGCUCGGGAACGCUGCUGGCGUGGCGGUGGCGAAGGCAAUCAUGGACAUGUACGGGAGGCGUGGGGCUCUCACGGACGCCCGCCUAGUGUUUGAUGAAAUGGGCUGCCGUGACGCGGUAUGUUGGAACAUCCUGAUCACUGGGUCCUCCCGGGCUGGGUUUUUUGACGACGUAUUUGCCUUGUUCCGGUUGAUGCUUGCGUGUGGUGUAGAUGAGAGCAUGCCGACUGCGGUGACGGUGGCUGUCGUCAUUCCGGUAUGUGCAAAGCUGAGAGAUUUAACGGCUGGGAGGAGUGUCCAUGGCUAUGUCGUCAAGACUGGGUUGGAAUCUGAUACUUUGUGUGGGAAUGCAUUGGUGUCCAUGUAUGCAAAAUGUGGUGCAGGUGGAAUCACGGAUGAUGUGCAUAGAGCCUUUUCCUCAAUUCAUUGCAAGGAUGUUGUUUCAUGGAAUUCGAUCAUCGCAGGAUACUCCGAGAAUGGGUUGUUCGAAGAAGCACUCGUACUAUUUGGUCAGAUGAUCUCAGAGGAAUGUCUUCCGAAUUAUUCAACCGUAGCUAAUAUUCUUCCUGUAUGCUCGUUCAUGGAGUAUGGGAGGAACUAUGGCAAAGAAGUGCAUGCUUUCGUGUUCCGGUUUGGCUUAUAUAUGGACAUAUCUGUUUGUAAUGCGCUGAUGACUCAUUAUUCCAAGGUGUGUGAAAUGAGGGUUGUGGAAUCAAUAUUCAGAAGUAUGAAUUCAAGAGAUAUUGUUACGUGGAACACAAUAAUUGCUGGAUAUGUGAUAAACGGGUGCCACUCUAGGGUGUUAGGCCUGUUCCGUAGGCUUCUGUCGACAGGAAUGACCCCUGAUUCUGUUUCUUUCAUUAGUCUGCUCACUGUUUGUGCUCAAGUAGGAGAUGUGAAAGGAGGGAUGGCAGUUCAUGGUUAUAUUUAUCGGCAUCCAGUACUUCGUCAGGAAACAUCCUUAAUGAAUGCUCUUAUUAGUUUCUAUAACCAGUGUGGCAGAUUUGAUGAUGCUCUUCAUUCUUUCGCUGAUAUUUUGGACAAGGAUUCAGUAUCAUGGAAUGCAAUUCUAUCGGGCUGUGCUAACAGAAAAGAAUAUAUUGGGGAGUUCACCAAACUCUUCUGUGAAAUGUGCCGUAAGGUAAGUCGUUGUGACCCAGUCACAAUCUUAAAUUUUAUCCGCAUGAGUACCUUCUGUGGUGCUAAGAGGGUUCGGGAAGCUCAUGGAUAUUCCUUGCGAGUUGGUUAUAUUGGGGAAAUGUCAGUUGCAAAUGCUAUUCUCGAUGCAUAUGCAAAGUGUGGUCACCCGCAGGAUGCAGAUGUACUUUUCAGAAACCUAGCCGGUCAGAACAUUGUAACAGGCAAUACUAUGAUCUCUUGCUACCUGAAAAAUAACAGUGUAGAGCAAGCUGAGAAAAUCUUCAACCAAAUGUCUGAGAAAGAUAGGACGACAUGGAAUCUCAUGAUCCAGUUGUAUGCACGUAAUAAUAUGUGUGAUCAAGCUUUCAGUCUGUUUCAUCAGUUGCAGUGUCCCGAUACUGUUGGCAUUACAAAUAUUCUCCUGGCUUGCAUCCAUUUGAGUUCGGUACAACUGGUGAAACAAUGUCAUGGCUACAUGCUCAGAGCAUCCCUAGAAGACAUCCAUCUUGAAGGAGCACUUCUUGAUGCAUAUUCAAAGUGCGGGAACAUAACCAAUGCCUACAACCUAUUUCGAGUUAGCCCUAACAAGGACCUUGUCACAUUCACUGCCAUGAUAGGAGGCUAUGCAAUGCAUGGAAUGGCAGAAGAGGCAGUAGAGCUGUUUUCUGAAAUGCUUACACUUGACAUUAAGCCAGACCAUGUAGCUCUAACUGCUCUGCUGUCAGCUUGCAGUCAUGCUGGGCUUGUUGAUGCAGGAAUCAAGGUUUUCAAGUUCGCCAGAGAUAUUUACAGAGUUGUACCGACAGCAGAGCACUAUACAUGCAUGGUUGACCUUCUUGCCCGCGGCGGGCGUCUCCAAGACGCAUACAAUUUUGCGUUGGAUAUGCCCCCUCACAUGGCCAAUGCAAAUGUAUGGGGCUCUCUGCUAGGAGCAUGCAAAGUCCACGGAGAGGUCAGAAUCGGCCAGCUCGCAGCUGAUCACUUGUUCUCCAUGGAGGUUGGGGACAUUGGGAACUAUAUCAUCGUGUCAAAUAUCUAUGCAGCUGAUGAGAAAUGGGACGGUGUGGAGCAUGUCAGGAAAUUGAUGAAGUCCAAGGAUAUGAAGAAACCUGCAGGAUGUAGCCAGGCACUUGUUUAUAGGCAGUGAUGUUAAGCACCAAGAUAGUUCUUUCAUCUCCGACAUGGUUGGAAGUUUGUAUCAGCAAAUCAAAGAUACACAAGCAGGCAAAGAACAUUCGAUUGCAAGUUUCAACAUUAGUGCAAUUGAUCUGGUCACAGGGUUACAGAAACUUGAAUUGGAGUUUUUCUUCUCAAACUUGUCUUUGCUAGCUCUUCCCAUCCAUAGUAUUUAUCUUUCUGAGAGUUGAGACAAAUAAGUAACAUGGCUCCGGACCACAGCAUGCAUCUUGGAGUUGAAGCAAGCAGCAAAUAUAUCAUGUGCCAUCUACAUUGGAACUCUCUUUGGCUUUCUACCAAGUACCAACCAAGGUUCACUACUCUGGAAGUCUUGGUGACAGUUGCUGACUCACUGGCAUUAGGAAUUUCAGCAAUGUUAUCUUUUUGGGGAAAUCUGAUUGGAGGUCUGUUAACAGCGUCAGACAGGCCGAUGAAACAACACAAGUAGCAGGAGUGAGGGUGAGAGCUCUCGUUCGGCUCGCUUGGUGUUGAUCGAAGAUAUCUGGGAAAACAAGAUUGAUGAAGAUUUUGCAUGUGUACUGCACCGGGUGAAGAUCCUCUGUAGUAGUGCACGGUACAGUAGUGCAGAUGACGUGUGGGGUCAGGUCUACUGCACCCAUUCUCUUUGACAAUGCAACACUUUUUCUGCUCAUCAUUAGGUUUUUUUUUCUUUGAGGGGGACAUAAUCAUCAGGUGGCUAAUGGGAAAAAAAAGAAGACUGCAUACACGCUGCAUUCCCAGCCCGUCACGGCCCAGAAGACCCAGGCCCAACCGCGUUUGAGGAGUCAACUACUUGCCGGGAACGGAAACGCGCACCGAGUCCAGCACGAAAUUUCCUUGCUAUGGCACGCGCUUUUUACCUCCACCGUCCGAAUCGGAAAGAGGACACCUCACGUCAACUACCCUAUAUAAUAACGACCUUCACCACGAGUUUGUUCCCCUUCGCGACCUCGCGGACAGAAGAACAAGAGAAAAAAAGAAGAUUCCCCCGAGUUCGCUCUCCGGAAUCCUCCGCCCGCCGCCGCCGCCGCUUUUUAUGGAUUUCGGAAGGAACGCUGCAGCCCGGACUUGUGAAGCGAAGAGCAGCGUCUCCCCCCGCCCCUCCGGUCUGCCCUUCUCACCGGCCCCCUCCACGCCGUGGUUCCGCGAGCUGUGGGUCAACUCCCCCAAAUAACACCCUUCUGCAGAGGUGGAAAUUGGUGGAUUUCUUGAUUGGUUGAAGGAAGUAAAACAAAGGGGACCCACUACCCACCGUCCUUUCGGCGAGCGUUGGGGUCUUAUCCAUUUAAACUAAAAUAAGGUCAUUCACAAGAAGGCUGUCAACUGUAAACAUGUAUAGGCCGAAGAUCCCCAAUUCGGGGUGGGCUGCUUUCGAUCGCAGGUUUGGCACAGCUGAUGGAGGGGAUGAUGUUGAUGUCAACUCAUUUCCUGCUCUCUCGGGUUCUAGAGGCUCCGGUUCUG